AUGGAAAAAUCAUCUACCAACGAAACAAUGGUUCUAACUAUAAAAAAUUUAAGCAAAAGUAAAUGGAGUUCACUCUCCAAAAAAAAGAUAGAAGAAAAAUCUUGUUACUCCCCCAGGACAGAAAAAUUAAUUGAUAUAAUUUCCCCCAUUCUAGACUAUUAUGGGUAUAAUAAGGAGGAUGUGUACAACUUUAUUAGUUUGUACAAAUUUGACAUAGAGACAAUUCAGCAGGAACUAUGUAACAUUAUGGAGUCCAGGGAAGAAAAUGACGAAGGGCUUUGGGAAACAGUCAAAAGUAAAAAAAAUAAGAAACCAACCGAAAAGAAUAGCAAAAAACAUAAUUCCUUGCAGGGAAUUUCCGGGAGAAAAGAUAAUAAACAACUUGGCAAAAUAUUUUCCAAAGGAUUAAGAUUAAAGGAAAAGGAUCCUCGGAAAAAUAAAACCACUAUCACAGGUUCCUCCUUUGCAGUUGGCCAAUAUAGUAAUAAGCCCUUCACUUCGAGUAACCAUAAAGUAACGCACUUUGUAAGCAACCGUGCAAAAUAUGAGAACUCGUCAACACUACAUGAUAUUAAUAAAAAGAUUCCUGAGGAGCGAGGCUCGAAGGAAAAGCAAGAUAUGGACAAAAGUACAAGGAAACUUGUGAAUAUAAAAUCGUUAUCAGCAGUAGCAGCGUCGGCAGCGAUAUCCGCGACAGCAGCCACUGCUGCGACCGAUGCGGCAGGCAGAGGAGCAGGUGAAGGAGCAAAUCGCGAUGCCGAGAAAAACUCCAAGGCCGGUAGCAAAAAGAAAGGAACGUUAAAAUCAGAAGAAGAAAGGAAAAAAGGCUUAAAUGAAAGUUACGAUGAUGAUUUCAUGAAUAAUAAUUCAAUAGAAGAAAGAGACACAAAUAGGAGAAAAAAAAAUGCAAUUAAAGAACUAGACGGUUUGUUGAAUGAAGAAUAUUUUGCAAAAGGUAGAGAUGAUAACUCGAACAAAAAGGGUAACAAAAGCGGUUACAAUAACGUUGGCAGUACCAGCUCCAGUAACCACAAUAUUAAUAGUCAUUACAGUCAGUUUGAUAAAAAAAAAUACGCCAAGUUGGAAGAUGGCAGAGCACCACCCACAGCAGCAUCCAUGGCAACGGGCGCAGGAUACAAAUCCAGUGAUGAGUACAGUAUUAAAAAGGAUUCUAAAGGGAAAGGAGCAAACAUCCCCUCUACACACACAGGCACAACCACUAUGAACAGUGGAAGUGGUAACCAACACCCCGCCAAUGUAAGCACGAACGGUCUCGGAACAACCACGAUGACCACCAGUGUCAGCAGGUAUAGUAACUUCAACUACAAUGAUAAAUAUUUUAAUAAGAACUACAAUAAAUAUAGUGGCAAGCCGCUAAAUGAUUCACAAAUCCAAAGAACCGACAAGCAGCGGUUUCCACCAUUUAGUAAUAAAGCCACAGGUGUGUACAACGGUGCAGGAAAUAAUAAUUAUUUUAACGCAUAUACAAAAGGGGGAAUGAAACAAACACCCUAUUUGAACAAAAACAGUUUGAAAUCAAAGAUAAACACUAGUAAGAAUAACAGCAUAGAUCAGGAUUACGAGUAUGAUCCUUACAGUGGAGAAAAACUAUCCUACGAUACGGGCAACAAUAAUGACCAGUCGAGUGGUAUAAGUGUAAACAACGGAAACGACCAAAAUGUUAAGAAAAAGGUAGCGACUGAAAAUGCUAAAAAGACGGGCAAUGAUAAGGCAACGGCCAGCACUUCUUACGCAUCUGUUGUUAACAGCAAAAUGAAGCAAUCCACAUUAGCAUCAUCAUCAUUAGAAGAAGCGAAAAACGCGGAAGUGAAACGAACCGGAACGAUCAGUGCGCAAAAUGCAUCAAAUGAUAGUUCUUUUGUAGAGGAAGAAAAAAAAGAAAAGAAAAAAAACAAAUGUCAAUUAAUACCAAUUAAAAAUAAUCAGCCAGAAAAAUCGUGGUUAUCAGUUAUCACCAAAGGUACUCUUACCACCAGCAGUAACAAUGCCACGAAUUCUCAGGAUGUUGGUGACAAGGUGGAUCCUUCCGGCACGAAGAAAAGUGCCCGCACCAGUUCCAAAGAAUUGAAGCCAGAAUCGGCCUCGCAGCAGGUCAGCAAAAAGGCAGCCGAUCAGAGUGGCAAACCUGAAAAGCAGAAGAAAAAAGGAAAGGGAAAAGAUAAGGAUAAAGAAAAGGAAAUGGAAAGCAUUUCUAAUAAUGUGUAUGCAUCUGGCAGCAGUGCAAAGGAUACCAACCUAAGUAGCAUCAAUAACGCAGGCUACAAAAGUAACGACCAUUUGAGCAAAGUUUGCUCCAAAGGUGAAGAUGACCUUGAUGGAGAAGAACCAUACAAUGCUAAAGGUGCCCAGUUAAGUUACGGCAAGGAUGAAAAAAAUGAAUCCAUGCCUAACAUCAGAAGUAAAAACAAGUUGUCAUUCGUUGAGGUAGACGCGAACAAAGCACAAUCAUUUGCAGAUCAACAUAACAAAAUGGAAAAGGAAAAAUACGCAAACGAAAGCAAUAACGUAAGCAAGAAAGAAAUCAGUAGUGCCAAAAAAAUCAGCGAAACGAAACUAGACACUGAUGAUAAGAAAAAGAAAAAGAAGAAAAGAAAUGAUCAAGAUGUACUCUCCUCCCCCAUGAAUGAUAGUACCAUUUCCACAAGAGUGAAAACAUCAUCAGGUUCCCAAACCCUCGACAUGAAAAGAGGUAAGGGUAGCAAACUGAGCAGUAACAAUAAUAGCACCCUGAACUUAGCAUAUAGUGCGGACAAACUCAUGUCAGAUGAUUUCACACAAUCGGAGGGAUACUACGGAAAGGAAAAAACAAGCAUUCCUAUAUACAUGCCCAAUUUGGCACUUAUGGGGAAGAAUACUAUGAACAAAAAAAUUUUCUUCGGGAGUAUAAAUAUCACUGGUGAUCAAAUCGAAAAUAUUGAUGUCAUGCCAGAUAGCAAAUUGGAGCACAUGAGGAAUAACUACGGCGGUAACAAUGGUAGCGGAAAUAGCGGUGUGUAUGCCGAUGCCAGCGGUCGUUUUGGCACCCAUGGCGAUGGCUUCCACCAGCAAGGAAGCACCAACUACAGCCACGGCGUUAGUAGCUACAACACGCGGGGAAGCAAUUACAACAACGAAGGAAAUAAUAACAAUAGUACAAACAAAAUGGUGCACACUGAAAACAGAAAAAAAAAUAACCUCAGGAAGAAUUACGGUAUUGAUGCGGCUUCCAUGGGCAUGAAUAACGAUCACGUAGGUAGUGGAAAUCACAACCGCUCCUCUGCCGUGCAUCACAAGGAAAGCGACAACAGAGACUACGAUCAUAACAAUAACGAUUUUAGAGGAUCAAAGGAAAGAGAAUUUAAACACUUUGAUUUUAAAAGCAGAAACCACAAAAGAGAAGAUAACAACGACAUGCUUAAUGAAAACAAACACAAAUCAAUAUUUUCAUCUUCCAACAGUAAGCAUGCCCCUCAUGUGCACUCUAAAUCGCAGAAUUUAUACAUACCCAAAAUGACAACAACAGCAUCAUCGUCCUCUUCUGCCGUAGCGGCAGCCACAGCAGGGGUGUCAUCUUCAUCGUCAAACAACCAUCACCACCAUAUACAUAACAAUAGUGGUAAUGUCAACGUUAGCAGUGGAAACCAGAAUGCGAAACACUUGUUGAACAGUUCCUCAUCCGUGUUCAUGAACCAAUCGCCUAGAACGAACGGCUCACAAGAUAACUCCUCCUCUGCCCUAAUGAGUGGAAAGAGCAGCAAGUACGUGCAGAACGCACUGAAGAGCAAGAACUACGACAACGACGGGGAUGACUCUGGUUCAAUACAGCUGAAUCAAAUUUCACAAAAGUUUCUGCACAGCGGCGUUGGAACUGCGGGCGCAAACAGCAACGGAAACACUGGCACCUAUACCAGUGGAAAUGGUGUAAACGGUGUUAACAACAACUUUGCUAGCUCUACCACAAGCGCAAAUAUCGGAGGCAGCAAUACAGGCACCACCACCACCACCAUGUCCAACAAGAAUACCAACACAGAUGUUAGCAACAUCAGUUUAAUGAAUAUGGGCAUGAACAACCUGAGUAACAAUAACAUGUACACUUCGUACAACUCACCCCCAGGAUUGGCCAACCAAUUUAAUUACUCAUUCACCAACCUCUCCUACCCAUACAAUAAUAUGCACUACAAUGGCUACUCCACACAAACCUUAGUCCCGCAGUAUGGACUCAUCAACAACCAUUACACAAAAAAUAACAGCAUGCACAACAAUAACUUUAAUUACAACAUCAACUAUGAUAAUUUUGAUGAGAACAAUUUAUAUGCACACAAUAAUAACAUGCACAUGAAUAACUACGUCAACUACAUGAACGUCGGUGUAAAGAAGAAUCAACUGAAUAACUUGGACGAUGAUAAUUUGAGUAAUUCUGGCGACGUCUCCAUAUCUGGUUCACUCCAGCAGCAGCAGAAUCUGUCGCAUGAAAACCAAAGCAGCUCCAAUCAAAACUCUCCCAGCGUGAAUAAUAACACCAACAACAGUGGCAACGGCAACACCAACAAUAACAACAACAGCAAUAGCAACAGUAACGGUAGCACUAACGCUUGCUUGGACGGAGCCACCAACAACGGAAUUAACAACCUAUCCCUCAACAACAUUAACAUGAAUAGUAGCGUCAACCCUAACCUAACCAUGUCAUGCACAACCAGCGCUACCAGUGAGUUAAAGAAUAAGCAGCAGAUAAGUAAAAACAUGAGCGACAUGCAGCUGCAAACUCAGUCCAUCUCGUCUCUCAAGCAGAAUCAAACACAGCAAAGUAAAAGUGGUACAAGUUUGAGUAGCACCCAGCAACAACAUACGUCCAAUCAACACAGCCAAACUAAACAUGCAGGACAACAGCACCAGCAAAACUUACUAAGCAGUAAUAAUAACAGCUCCAUAAACCAAUACACGCAAAACCAGAUCAACCCAAACAACUCACAAAACACGGCCUCCUCCACCUCUUCCUCCCUCACGAGAAAAGUAGAAACAAACAAUCUCAACAGUGGAACACAAAACAACCAAAAUAAUCAAAACCAAUUUUUAAACAAACAACUGUACCAUAAUAGCAAUUAUUACAAUGUUAACUCAAACAAUAAUUAUAACAUCCCCCCCGGCUUUAACAUGACCCAGGAGAAGGAACAAAACAAUAACUACCUCACUAACAACGUCUCCUCCGCCAAUGCCAACAGCAGUGUGGCGGCCUACAGAAACAACUGGAACAAUAUUAACGAAAAGAAUUUAAACCACUACAGCUUGAACUACAAUUAUAAUAGGAACACCAAGAACAACUUUAACUACACCAGCAACUUGAACUACAGUAGUAGCAACGGAUACAACCAGACGAGAGACAACACGAAUAACUUCUUCAACUAUAAUGGCUUCAACUACGGUCUUCAGACACCACCCGGCCUGCAGAAUUACUACCAAAAUACGCAGUACCAGCAGCAGAACAGCUACUCCAACCGCAACUACAAUUACACGGGGUACAACAACAAUCUGUCCAUGUGGAAUAGAGAAGAAUGA